CUUGCUGGCCCUUCGCUGUUUGUGAGAGUUUUCCAACUUUCUACCUUCCCUACCUCAUUUCUUCAUGGCUAUCAAAUCUAAAAUGCAUUUUUUCCCCAUAAGGCCAACGUCCAGGAGGGACUUGUGCAUUAUCGGAGGAGUCUUCAUUACACUUGCAUUCUUUUUGCGCAACCCGUUCCUCAGCCAGAUACGGCAGAGAAGCGGCGCAGCAACGUCAAGCAUACUGAGUGAAAUUCAAAAUAGCACAUUAGGCUUCGAAAAGAUAUUCGUCGUCGGCCUACCAAGCCGGACAGAUCGCCGAGAUGGCAUGAUUCUACAGGCUGCACUCAGUGACAUUGAGAUCGACUUCGUCGACGGUGUUCCGGGCAAGGAGGUCUCCGACAAGGCGAUACCAAAAACAUCUGAGCACGACCGCUUGGGUGACGGCGCCAUAGGUUGCUGGCGAGGUCACAUGAAUGCUCUUGAAGAGAUCGUUCGUCGCAACUUGACUUCAGCCUUGAUACUUGAAGAUGAUGUCGACUGGGACAUCAGAAUUAGGCAACAGUUACACGACUUCGCCAGAUCGACCCAAGCGCUUACUCAGCCUUUACUUGAAGCGCCUUCGUCCUACGUCGAUCGUUCGUAUUCGAAACUGUCUCGCGCAGCACCUGAGGUCGCACCCGAUAUUUCAUUUGACCAUCUGCCAGCUUCAGUCGCACCAAAGAUUUCGCCCUAUGGCGACGACUGGGACCUCCUCUGGAUUGGACACUGCGGCAUGCAUUUCCCCUUCCAAGACAGCCAGACUGUGCCCCAAACUCGCAUCAUUCGCUCCAACGAUGUGACCGUUGCCCCACGGAAGAAUCUGUGGACGCUCAACAUCCCGUUCACCCUGAAGGAGAAGUACCCGGAUCAUACGCGAGCAUAUCACCAUGCUCAGGAGGGAGUGUGCACCCUCGGUUAUGCAGUCAGUCAGAAGGGAGCACGGAAACUUCUGCAUGAGGUGGCAUUGAAGGAUGUGAGCGAUGCCGUCGAUAUCCUGCUCAGAUUCUUCUGUGAGGGCGCGAAAGGCAGGAGACCGCAUAACUGCUUGACAACGCAGCCGGCUCUUUUCCAUCAUCACCGCACAGCCGGACCUUUGAGCUCAAUGAGCGACAUCGGGGACCACGGAGGCGGCUUUAGGGAAGCAAGCAUGACUGACAUGGUGAGAUGGAGCGUGCGUUUGAACGCAGAUGCGCUGCUUGAAGGAAGAACAGAUUUUGUUGACCAAUAUCCUGACGAUAAAUAAACUAAACUUAGAUAGACCAAAGCUACACACCUGUCACUUUUCUUCUAUAUUUUGUAGCAAUCUUAGAUACCUUACGUUCUAUUCUUUUCAAAGCCAAUUACAUUUCCAGUACCGA